CACCCCCCUCUCACGCUGUCUCUCGCAUCCACAUCGCUUCAUUUCUCCGUCUGCUCAGCUUCUCUUCCUGAUUUCUUGUCACAUCCCUUUUCUCCUCCUCCUUCCUCCUCCUCAUUUUUUUGGUUGUUCAUCUUCGACAUGCUCCUCACGUGAAGUCCGCCAACUUACAGAGCACUGUGGAGGCCGAGUUAAAAAAUAAAAAGAAGGCAAAUGCUGAUUCGGGGAAUAAGAGAAAAAACUACGCACUUUUGCAUCUUUCGUUGAGUGCCUUGGCUUGAACGGAGCAACAGUAUGGACCUGUCGUUCAUGACUGCGCAGAUCCCAGUUUUGAUGACGGGAGCCUUUAUGGACUCCUCGCCUAAUGACGACUACAGCGGCGAGCACUCGCUCUUCAACUCCUCAGCCAGCGUCCACGCCGCUGCCUCUGCCGCCUCGGUACACGGCCAGCAGGAUGAGUCGCAGUCCAUGUCCAGCGAUGCCAUCUGGCUCUGGAUCGCCAUCUUUGCGACCAUCGGAAACAUUGUGGUGGUUGGCGUUGUCUACGCCUUCACUUUCUGAUUAACACAUGCUUAAAAAGACAAACAUGCGCACAAAUCCUGACUUUUCCAGAUCUCUGGAGCCUAAAGUGAGGCCACGCUUUGUAGACAGACACUCUAUGUUCUCUAUGUCUCUCUCUCUUCCUCCCUCUCCCUCAGCUUUGGAUCAGAAUGAGUCCCCACGGGUGUGACGGUUGUGAUACUAGACAAUGACAUAUAGACUACAACAUUUCUUCAUCAAAGGGGAAGACUGUGACUUGGCUGCAUUCAUUAGCAGUGCACAGAGUAUUUUGGGUUGAUACAAUUGGAAGUUUGAAAAGAAGCUUUUGUGUUCGACAGCUCUUUAGUUAAAAACAGAAACAUCAGACCUGCACUCUCAACCAAGAAUUUUUUCCAGCUUGAUGUUGUUUCCGUGUUUCUCCUCAGACAACACCCGCACUCAUAAUGCAGAGAUGAGAAUGGAGAUUAAAUGGGGCUUGAGAUUCAGGAUGAUCCAGGCCAUCUUAAACAUCCACCACAUAGCUGCUUAGCAAUUUUAGGCAUUGCUGUUUAAUUAUGCGACUGAACAGACAUGGUGAGUGUUGAAACAUUUACAAAGUGCUGGGAUUAUUUCCAUGCCAGGCAGCCCUGAGGCCCAGGACAUUAGAGCUCAUUUAACAUUAAUCUUUGGAUGAAACAUGGUGUGUGGACACUGAUCAUCAGUGUAAAUAGUAUUUAAACAAUUUUACCUACAGGAAACAAAGAAACCCAAUUACAAAACCCAAUAAUACACAAUGGAUGACGACUUUAUGAUUAGAUGAGAAGUGUAAAUCUAAGUCAACCCUAUUGAAAUAAAUGGUCUUAUUGUCAAAUACUUAGAGUAAUAUUUGAUUAUUAGAACAUCUAAUUGUAAUGUCACGGUCUGUUCAGUCAUGUUUAGAUAUCAUCUGCAGAUGUUAAUGAAAUACAUUUAAAAGCACAAAUUUAAUCACUAGAUGACGUAGUCCACUUUACCUAAUUUUUGUGUUUUUUGUUUUUGUUGUUUUUAAAGUACAGCUUGUAAACGUAUUUGUCACUCAGAAUCAAUACUAUUAACAGGACGGCAGAUGUGGAUAUUCAUAAAUGUAUGUUUUUCAAAGUAAUUCAACACUGACCAGAUCUACAUUGAACUGUGUGAGACAUGUAUACUAAUGUGAAUAGGGAAAGGAUGCCUCAUUUUAAAAUGAAAUGUCCUCAUGUAUCAUAUCAAGCUGUCCCUCUAAAUUUGUCAUUGUAAUUUAGUUUUGUGUUACUGUAAAAUCUGGAGGCAGCUGUCUCCAUGGCAACUUAUUUUUGUCCUAAUUAGGAACAUCUUUUCUCUGAGACUCGAGCAUUAACCUGCAAACACUGAUGAAAUGUAUGCUUUUUAUUCUGAGCAUUUCCUAAUUGUGCACAGAUACAAAGAAAAUCACAGGAAACAUUGCACUGCAUUUCUAUAAAUAUUACUUCUGUUAACAUUGCGUUUUUUUAACUUAGCAAAUUAUUUGUGCUUUACUUACAGAGUUUUUAUUUUUAGGAAAGCAAGCUAUCAUAGAAGAACUGAUAAAUAUGUUUUAGUUUUUUCUGAUGUGAAUACAGCAAGUAGAUUAAUUUUUCAUUGACAAAUUGACUGAUCCAUGUAUUAAGACAGAAAUGUAGGUUAAAAGUUAUGAACCUGUCUUGUAAACACCAUACUGUACAUGUUCAAAUGUUCAUUCACUGCUGCGAAUAACAAUACUAGCUUACUGUAUCAACUGUACCAAUGUAAGGAGAAAUUCAGAUGCACUCUGUUAUUAUGAGUAUACUUCUACAAUGUUUAAAGAAGGACUUUCAAGCCUGGUAUUUUUUAAUAAAUGGUUGAUGUAGAAA